UCUGCGUGCUGUGUUUUUGUCGAUGUGCAUAGCACUGUUCAUAUUAAAACAUCAUAGUUGUUCAAUCAUUGUGCCAGAUAUUACUUGAUAUACUGAUCUUGACUGUAUUUUGUUUUGUUUUGUUCUCAUGAAAAGAAUUAGGCUACUAAAACGCCUCGUUGUAGACAAACAUAAAAGGCUGUGCUCAAUCGGCUAUUUUAGGGGAAGAAAGGGUUCAGACAGACACUUUUCUUACGAUAUUUCACCUGAACAGCGUUUGUGCUGGCUGAAAUGACAAGCUGCUAUGUCGAAAAUGACUCUUUAACUUCAAUCAGUUUGUCUGAAUUAUCCAGCUCUUCGUCUGUGUCUGACAGAGCCUGUGUUCACUGGGGUUGUGUACUCAGUGGUUCCGAGACCACAGCUGUCUUUCAAGCAGAAAAUGAUCUUCUGGAGAAUCAGUUCUUCAUCAAAACGAUAUGUCUUAGUGAGGAGGCAGGAGAUGAGAUGCAUAUUGUGUCCGUCUGUGACGGUGUCGGAGCUUCCAAACCAUUGCCUAUUGCCACUCUCCGCCAUAGCAUGCCAAUGAUCAGUUUUCCUGGUUUGGAGCUCAUCCCACCUGUCACCUUUAAACUGUGCUCUGGUAAAGGGCCUGUGUUCAUCUCUGCUCAGCAUAUCACAUUGAAUCCUGUUGAAAUGACUGAAGGAGAAGAGGAUGAAGAUGGUUGAAUGCCAGUGAAAAGAGCUUAUUUCGCCAGUUUGAACCAUGGAUCGUGUGUGAUGACAGUGCACCCUAUCAAUGUUUGUUUCUAAAGCAUGAUGCUCAAUGUUGGAAAAACUGUAUUAACUUUGUGUUUUAAUGCUAAUGAAAAACAGUCUUGUAUAAUAAUAAAAUAUGAAUGUAAAUAUUA